AUGUCCGAAUUUUAUGUGCGAUACUACACGGGGCAUCAAGGGCGUCAUGGACACGAGUUUCUUGAGUUUGAGUACGACCGUGGCCGCCUCCGCUAUGCAAAUAACAGCAACUACCGCAACGACUCGCUUAUUCGCAAAGAGAUGUGGAUCAGUCCUUUGAUGGUGCAAGAGCUGCGAAGAAUUGUGGAAGAAAGUGAGAUUUUGAAGGAGGACGACUCCAAGUGGCCGAAGAAAAACGUGGUGGGUCGCCAGGAGCUGGAGAUCCGUCUGGGCAAAGAGCACAUAUCCUUUGAGACCGCGAAGUUGGGCUCCCUUGUGGAAGUGCAAAAUAGCGAGGACCCCGAGGGUCUGCGUGUCAUGUACUAUCUAGUACAGGACCUUAAGGUGCGUAAGACCGAACCAACGCUGAGUGUCUCAUUUUCAGCUUGA